AUGAAUAUAUUCGACUUCAGGGAUCGUAACUCUAGAACUGCUGUAUUUGAUGGUAUCGAGGAAGGAGGUAUAAGGGCAUCUUCUUCGUACUCAUCCCAUGAGAUUGAUGAGCAUGAGAACGAUAGAGCAGUUGAUGGACUUCAAGAUCGAGUCAAUAUGCUGAAAAGAGCAAGCUAUAUUUUCAAGAAGUUGCAAUUUGAUUUUGUCAGGCGUAUACAUGAGGAAGUUGAGUCUCACAACCUUAUGCUGGAAAGAAUGUUUUGUGGGAACGACAUGGAUGGCUCGAUAGGAGUUCUCUCUGGAACCAUGGAUAAAUUUAAGAUAUAUUUCUCAAACUUAAUUCUUGACCCAUUAUUUUUCCAUCAAUCGAUUAUUACUUUUCGUUUAUAUGCGAACUUACUUGACUCCAGGUGUUCGAGACCAAAUCUAGCCGGAGGAUGUUUACUCUUGUGGCAUCUUUUGGGGUUAUUUUCUUUGUCAUAUACUAUCUCACUAGAUAACUGGUUUUCUGGUGAUGAAAAAUUGGAAGAUGUGCAAAUGUGUGGAAAUGAGAUUUUCUAUACGCUUUGCCUGUGUUGA